GAGAAUCAUGGAGCCACCCGCAAGGCCCUCUUCGACGUCACUUUUCCAGGUUUACCUGCGCCUGCGUCCUCCUCCAGGCGCGCCGCACUCCACGGCUCUGACAGCCGCGGACUCGGGAUCCGCCAAAUCGGGAAAGUUCAUUAUUGUGGAAGAUGAGGGAUGUCUGAGCGAAAAGUCUUUUCCUACGCAUAUCACCAUUACGCCCCCGGUCGAGUCGCGGAAGAAGGCUGUAGAAAAGUUCGGAUUUACUAGAGUCUUUGAGGAAGAUGCAACUCAGCUGGACCUAUUGGAAGGAACGGGCUUGAUUUCUCUGAUAGACGGCCUGUUGGGCAAGGAAACAGGGACAGGUAGAGAUGGACUGUUUGCUACACUGGGGGUUACGGGCUCUGGAAAGAGUUAUACAUUAUUGGGUUCAAAGGAACAAAGAGGCCUCACACAGCUCACGUUAGAUACCAUUUUUCGAUCUCUUGAUGGAAACAUUGUUCGUGCUAUAGAGAACACAACCGACUUUCUUUCUAUCGCCGAGUCUGAUCCGGCCGAGAGCCAUGUUGCGUCUGCGGAACUUUUCUUCGAACCUGGCCUGGGAGAAGGACAAUUUGACGGAGGAAGUUCGAGAGCGGGAACACCUUCCUUUGGAGUUUCAAGAUCAGGAACGCCGGCUUACGGCGGACCAAGAGCACCGACACCAAGACUAUGGCCCGCAGAUCAUCCGCUUCAUCCUUCGUCUAUCGGAUUAUAUCCACCCUUACUGGGACUAAGUACCGGGAAAUCUCCCCGAGGAAAAGGCGUAUGCAAACCCCCAUUCCAUUUCUUCAGCAAACAGUGUUCUCCCGGUAGCAUCAACAAGCUAAAAACUCGGAAUUUUAAGGAAGGGCAAGUACCUAGUUCCCCGUCGAAGCGGACUAUACCUCUGCGAGUUUCAGCUCUCCCUCAAGCCCCGGAAACGAGCGAUUUUACUUUACAAGCCGAGGCAAAUUUCGAGUAUGCGAUUCUUAUUUCUAUGUACGAGGUCUAUAACGAUCGAAUUUUCGACUUACUUGGCGACCAUCCUUCGGCUGCGCCAAUUACGAGGCUAGCAUCUCAGAAAGAUUUGCGACGUCGUCCGUUGAUGUUUAAGCCGACUGAAUUGUCCCCUGAUCGCAAGGUUGUUACAGGGCUCAGGAAGAUUAUAUGCGGUGAUAUCAAUGAGGCGCUGAUGGUUUUGGAGACUGGACUUUGUGAACGAAAGGUGUCCGGAACGAACAGCAACUCAGUGAGCUCAAGAAGCCAUGGAUUCUUCUGUCUCGAGGUGAAAAAGAGAGUCAAGGGGUCGAGUGAGCCAUGGACAGGAGCCACGCUAACACUGGUGGACCUGGCAGGAUCUGAAAGAGCAAGGAACGCAAAGACAUCAGGUUCAACGCUUGCCGAGGCAGGAAAAAUCAAUGAAAGCCUAAUGUAUCUUGGCCAGUGCCUACAGAUGCAAAGUGGUGCACAGGAGGGUGGCAAGAAUGCCGUGGUACCAUUUAGGCAGUGCAAGCUUACGGAACUCCUCUUCUCGAAUUCGUUUCCAUCAACGCCCUCUACUUCUCAUCAUCCCGUUAUGCCUCGUCGGAAUGCUCAGAAAGCUAUCAUGAUGGUGACAGCUGAUCCUGUCGGCGAUUUUAAUGCAACUUCGCAAAUUCUGCGCUACUCUGCGUUGGCUCGAGAGGUCACUGUUCCCCGAAUUCCUUCAAUAUCCAACACCAUUCUAGCAGGAUGCCAUAAAAGAAAUCAGCUGAGCAAUGGUCGGGACACGCCUUCUGUAUCCAUGGAGGAACUUGAGAUUGCAAUGCAAGAGAUUGAGAAGCUGAAAACAGAUGUCGAAAAUUUGAAAACCGAACUCUCUAAUGAAAUGCUCCGUCGUCAACAAGCCGAGAUUGCAUGGGAAGCCGCGGAAGAAAAAUGUCUUCAAAUUGAGCAGGACGUUCGUGAAGCGUGUUCGUUGGAAAUGGAUCUGAAGUUUGAAGAAGAGCAAAGAAAAUGGAAACGAGCUUGGGAAGAAGAGGCCGAUCGUUGUGAUGAGCACAUGGAUAAGAAGAUUGAACUCGUGACACAGUCCAUUAAAAUCCAUGAAGAUCCCUCCCCAUCAGCUGAAGAUCUCGUCAAUGAACUCGAAGCAGAAAAUGCCAUUCUGCGAAGAAAGCUAGAUGCAGCGGAGCGAAAACUUGGCAGUCAAUCACCAACGCGCAAACCCAAACCCAAAAAUAAACACUUGACUUCUGCGCUCCCGGUCCCUUCGUCACCAUUAUUCUCCUCGCCGUUGACCGAGUCUGCGCCUCGUGAUCUCAACGCUGGCAGCAAUACCAACAAGACCAACAUCAAGAUAUCACAUCCUGACUCUGAUAUCGAUAUCGAGAACAGCAUGAACGACGAUAUGGUUCAAAUGAGCUUGACCCCAACCAAAAAGAGCCCCAGGAAAAAUGUUACUCCUCCCGGCGGUGCUCCUCAAACAUCUGGCAUUCCUCAGCCAUUCAGUCUGAGCAGCAACGCCGCCACUCCCAAGAAAAUCCGUUCGCCAAAAAAACACGCACCCCAAAUCGAUACUUCUCUCCCUUUUGAGACCGACGAAAUGGACCUCGAUCAUCAUCUCGAUUCCUCCUCUUCCUUCCAGCGCACUAGUCUCGUCGGCGCCCCGACCAUGCAUCUCAAGUCCCCCGCCCCGAAGCGCAUCCCCACGUUGAAAAAGAAACAGGGUAAACGCAAGCUCCUCACGUCUAGAAGAAGAGAUCUCGCGCUUAGCGAUGACGAAGACUCUGCGCCGACUUUUGACGAUGAUGGGUUUUUAGUUUAAAUGUCAUUUGUAUUAUCAGCG